AUGGAUAACCGCAUGAAACGGGCGGGCACGAAGCGUGAACGCGAGCUCAGCCUGGGACACCAGCAGGUGCCGACCAAACGAGUCAAGGGAGCCCCGACAGAUGUAUCUCCGGGUCUUGAUCCCUCUACGAGUCCUGAUGCUCUCGCACUUCCUCCGAUCAAAGCCUCGAAGGGUGGCGAAUCUUCGAAUAAGGCUACCAAUUUUCCUACAAGGCCCACCAGUAGCUUGACCACCAAUCUAAUCCCUCCGGCCGCCAGAGCUUACCAUAGUUAUGACCAACUAAAUCGACGUGUGGACUCGAGCUUUCCCCACGACGUUCUUAUCGGACCAAUGACGCGACAUAAAUCUCCAGUCCGCUCACCAAGCCCUGCGGAGCGCGCGUUCGAGCGUCGCCGUCAAAAAUCUAUGCAAGGACCACCUGUCUCGGAUAACCCUGGACAAGAGGCCUCGUCAUCUCACUCUGGUUCCUCGACGGAGCCCGCCCAUAAGCCCGAAGUUGCCAAAAUGUCGCAGGAGGAGCGAGAAGAGGUUCUCAGCAUGGCUGAGAGCCUCUUCGGCGUGUCAGAUGCGGAGCUGGAUAGACAUCAGAAGGCCUUGGGUUUCGUAACUCAUCGACAGCUAGUGGAGAAGACAUGGAAGAAGGGAGAACCACUCCCAUAUCCAUCAGGAGAUACAGGGGGAUCAGGUUAUUUCUCUGCGUCAACUGCCCCCAGCGACCUACUCGCUUCGAUCGGGUGGAAAUUCGACCAGCUUCGUAAAGGAGAGCCAAUUCCGUGUGAUCGAUACCAGCUGCUCGACCUUGUCGCAUAUCGCCCGAUCGACCUAGAAGGCGCAGCGCGAGCUCCACCAUCUCCUCGCGACAAUCACCGCCGAAUCGAGAACGCGUUGAGACAUGCUCAGAAGCAAAUAUCACCUCACUUUGAACAAAAUAUCCUUAUUCCAUCUCACUGGGGUGAACCCGUUGCUGAAUAUAUACUCCUAUGGUAUGACUCAAAUACUGGACCGAAAGAUCAUCAGCCUUUGAAGGAGCCAAUUCCCAAGAAGCUUCCCCUAACAGACCCAAUAAACGCUUCACCCGCCCAAGCGACUACGUUCAUACUCAAUAAUCCAGAGGAAGAGGAAGGAUUAGCCGAUGCUGACGGCAGGUUUGAUGUUAUGGCUUCUCCCCCUCGGAAGCAACACGAGGCUGGGAGUGCGAAGCCACGGCACUUUAUCGAGUCCGAGCUCCUCAGAAGGAAGGUGAUCGGCAGCCUCGCCGAACUGGGGAAUCCAAUGGUCAUGGCGGCAGUUUUCAAAUCCAAGGAAUACAAGGAGAUUCGAGCGACGUCUCGCAGGCUCUAUCAAUACUAUAAAAACAAGAUGCGGCUUCAAUCCAUACUGACAAACGCGAGAAGAAGGGAUAAGCAUAUAGCUGGGUUGCUUCGCUAUCAAUCAGCUACCAGCUCCAGAAGGUUGCCCGAAGCUGUUGGUGUCGGUGAUCUACGUGGUGCGGUCGAGACGUCCAAGGAAGAUACGCGAGCACUCCGACAAUUGCUCCUUAUUCUGGAAACCACUGUAACAAACGAUAAUGGGGGAUCAGAUGACGAGAUUGAGAACGAGGACAGCGGGAGCGGGAGUGAGGACGAGGACGUGGCUGACCCCCAGACCAGACUUACGGAGAUGAAUGUCGAACAGAAGUUUGGCCCCAUCUUUAGUGGAUACUUCAAAGCUGGAUUCAAGACGUCCUCAAAUGCCGAAAUGAACUUGAUUGCACAUAUGCGGCAGUUCGGUAUAUCGCCUCACCCCGACCUACAGGUUGUGGCUCGUAUAUCUGCCCUUGACGCAUUUCCAAAUCUCUUGCCGGUGAUAAUGGUCGCCGAGGCCAAGAAGAGGCUCAAAACGAGUUACAAGGCCGUGCAGAACGCAUUUACGACUCUUCCAAUCUUCGACCUUUUCGUCCGAAUCUACCUCCACACCCGAGGCUCGCCUGAGGAAGCGAUGCCUCCUUGGAUGUACACUUAUGGCAUUGUGUUCGCUCCUACGGGGUUCGAGAUAUAUGCUCACUUCGUAACGCAAGUCCGGACUAGAGCAUCGGGCAUUCACUACGUCUGGGAGCCUCGUAGCACUCUGGUCAGCAACGAGUAUGCUAUGUGCUGGAGAGAUACAGAACCAGAAUCUCUCGAAAGAUUCCGCGUGGCUCAAUGUCUCUAUCACAUCCUAAGCCAUACAUUCUUCGUGAAUGAUCAAGUUUCUGGAUGGAUAGAGAUUCAAGCGGUAUGGGGAGCAAAGUUUAUGGAUAAACUCUACGCGAAGGAACGAUUAGAAGCGAAGGACGUCGCAUGGUGCAUCAAACAAGGAAUAUCCCCGUCUCUUGACAACGUAUGA